AUGUUCGCCCCAGCGUUCGACCAUUCUUUCAAUGACUUAUUCAACCAAUACGUCAACUCUGACCCCUCUACUAGUGGUGACGGGAGUAAAGACGUCCACUUUGGUAGCGACUUUGACCAAUUCUUCUCUGUGGGCUCCUUUUCCAGUGACUGUGGCGAACUUUCGCCCAACGGAUCCAAGCAUUUCCAGCAAUCAUCGCCGCAAAGCUGGCGUAAGGAUGCAUGGACAGUACAACAAGACUCCUUGAAUGAUUUGCAGUUACAUCGGCCCAAACCUGUCCACGAUACGGUACAACCCUCCGAUGUUGUCUCUGGCUUUAAUGCCGUAAGCCUUGAAGAGUCAUCUCCCGAAGCCCUUGGUCUAUUUUCUACAUCACCAUCCUCUCCUCCCACAACACCCAGCCGCAAAAACCACUCAAAGAGUGUUCCAAUCACUCCCAAAAACGUCCGCGUACGGAAGACGAAUGAUCGUGCUACUUUGCAUCGUAAACAAAGCUCCUCUCCCAGCUUGAUGCGCUCAGCGCAUCUGCAGAGGUCAAAGAUGGCUUAUCCCGAGAACUGGUCAUCUCGAUUGCAGCAGCAAUUUAACAGCCAGAUGCGUGCCGAUGAGCGACUUCCACUGUCACCCCCGCCAUCAGAUAUACUCGUUCAGAAUGAGAGUAUGCGACGUGAUAGUGGCAUUCACCUCAAUUCGAGUUCGGAGAACCUGGCGGAUUUUUCUCCUCACUAUGCAUCUACCAUGUAUUCAAGCAAGCUGCAGCAGCCAGCUAGUUUUAUAAACCAGCGCACCUCAACGCCACCCCCUGUGGAUGACAUCUUUGCAACACCAUCGUCGUCAGACUCACAACAACUACACGCGUGGCAUGCAGACGCCCUUGCGUCCACCUUUCAACUGACACCUGAUCUAAAUGGUCACGAUGGUCACUGGUGGAGCUCACCAUUACCGACGCGUGUUUCGCAGCCCCAGAAUCAGAACUCAUAUCUGGUCUCCUCUCUUAGCCAAAAGUCGCCCAUGAUUCACACAAACCAAAACCAGCAACAACAUCACCAUGAAUUACUUCAAAAUGGUCUCAUGAUUGAUUUCGGCUCAUCGUUCGACCUCGGCGCGAGUAAUGAUGCUUUCUCAUCUGCCGCGCCCUUACAUUCCACAACCGCGACACACAUACCCAUUACUUCUCAUCAACAACCCACGUUCUCACAUCACCCUUACAUACCCACCACACAAGCCACUCACCAACAAUUCAUCGCGAAGCCAUCGCGCACCCCAUCUCUAUCUCCCACCAACACCACAUCACCCAAAUCGCAUCCCGGCAUGAAGAACAUCACUCCGCGACGUACCCACGCCCGGAAGCUAUCUUCAAACUCCACCUCAGCCCCCAAGCCGGUCAAACUAAGCACACCCACCAAGGGUGGCAAGGGCUCAUCAAAUGUGUCAUUUGUUAACUUCACACCAUCUGACAGCAAAAAGAUCCUCACUGGUGUCGCGCCCAGUGGCAGCUCAAAGACCAAAGCUCGCCGAGAGCAAGAGGCUCGUGAGAAGCGCAGGAAACUCAGUGAGGCUGCCCUCCUAGCUGUCAGGAAUGCUGGCGGCGACGUUGAGGCUUUGGAAGCCGUGCUAUGUUAA